AUGAGCGGAGCCAUUCCUGACGAGUUUGACAUUAUUGUCUGUGGCGGUGGCAGCUGCGGCUGCGUCGUUGCUGGACGACUUGCCAACUUGGACCACAACCUCAAGGUCCUGCUCAUCGAAAAUGGCGAGAGCAACCUCAACAACCCGUGGGUCUUCCGGCCCGGUAUCUACCCCCGGAAUAUGAAGCUCGACUCGAAAACGGCCACGUUCUACGAGUCCAGGCCCUCGGCACAUCUGGCUGGUCGAUCCGCCAUUGUACCCUGCGCCAACAUUCUGGGUGGAGGAUCCUCGAUUAACUUUAUGAUGUACACCCGUGCUUCAGCCUCGGACUACGACGAUUUCCAGGCCAAGGGAUGGUCCACAAAGGAGCUUCUGCCUCUCAUGAAGAAACACGAAACGUAUCAGAGAGCCUCUCACAAUCGGGACACUCACGGGUUUGACGGGCCUAUUAAGGUUUCGUUCGGCAACUACACUUACCCGAUCAAGGAUGACUUCCUCCGCGCGGCCUCAUCCCAGGGUAUCCCUGUGGUAGAUGACCUUCAGGAUCUGACCACUGGUCAUGGAGCUGAGCAUUGGCUCAAGUGGAUUAACCGCGACACUGGCCGCCGCAGCGACAGUGCCCACGCGUACAUCCACGCAACUCGCGCCAAGCACUCCAACCUCUACCUUGCCUGCAACACAAAGGUCGACAAGGUCAUCAUUGAGAAUGGCCGAGCCGUCGCCGUUCACACGGUACCGAGCAAGCCGCUUGACGCCAACGAGCUCAAGGGACGCACAUUUAGAGCCCGCAAGCAGAUCGUUGUCUCCGGCGGAACUCUAUCGUCUCCUCUCAUCCUCCAGCGCUCCGGUAUUGGUAACCCCGAGAAGCUUCGCCGCGCUGGUGUCGAGCCUAUUGUCGACCUCCCCGGUGUUGGUCUCAAUUUCCAGGACCAUUACCUGACCUUCUCGACCUACCGCGCGAAGCCUGGCACUGAGAGCUUCGAUGACUUUGUUCGUGGUGACCCCGAGGUCCAGAAGCGCGUAUUUGACGAGUGGAACAUCAAGGGCACUGGUCCGCUGGCCACCAAUGGCAUUGAGGCCGGUGUCAAGAUCCGCCCUACCCCCGAGGAGCUCAAGGAAUUUGAGCGAUGGCCGACCCCUCACUUCAAGGACGGCUGGAAAUCGUACUUUCAGAACAAGCCCGACAAGCCCGUGAUGCACUACUCAGUCAUCGCUGGCUGGUUCGGCGACCACAUGGUCAUGCCUCCCGGCAACUUCUUCACCAUGUUCCACUUCCUCGAGUACCCCUUCUCCCGCGGGUCUACGCACAUCGUCUCGCCCGACCCUUACGACGCGCCCGACUUCGACGCCGGCUUUAUGAACGAUGAGCGCGACAUGGUCCCCAUGGUAUGGGGCUACAUCAAGUCACGCGAGACGGCCCGCCGCAUGGAUGCCUACGCCGGUGAGGUCGCCAACAUGCACCCCUUCUUCUCGUUCGACUCGGACGCGCGCGCCAGAGACCUCAACCUUGUCGACACCAACAAGUACGCCCUGCCCGGAAACCUCACCGCGGGUAUCCAGCAUGGCAGCUGGACCCAGCCGCUUAACGAGGCCGAGAGGAAGGCCGACCUCAAGAAGACCCUGUCGGCUCACCGCGUCGACGUCCGUGAGCCGCUCAAGUACACCGACGAGGACAUCAAGGCCGUUGAGGAAUGGGUCAAGCGCCACGUCGAGACCACUUGGCACAGUCUCGGAACCUGCUCCAUGGCUCCUAAGGAGGGCAACAGCAUCGUCAAGCAUGGCGUUCUGGACGAGCGCCUGAACGUGCACGGCGUCAAGGGCCUCAAGGUCGCCGACCUUUCCAUCUGCCCUGACAACGUCGGCUGCAACACAUACUCGACCGCCUUGCUUAUCGGCGAGAAGGCCGCUAUGCUCGUCGCCGAGGACCUCGGGUACUCCGGCGAGGCCCUCGAAAUGAAGGUGCCCACGUACCACGCCCCGGGAGAGUUCGUGCUUCACUCUCGCCUCUAA